CUGCCCACCGCAGCCAGGGGGCGUCAACAUGGCGCUGUUGGACGCUCGCGUCGACGUCGACUUCACUGACUGACUGACAGAGAGCGAGAGAGAGCCCUCACCCUCCCCAACCGUAUGAAGCCGAGCACGGUGCGAGGACGCCCGCGUCGCUUGUGAACGUUCGCCCGCUUUCAGUGUGGUACGGUGGAUGUGUUUGUCUCCGCCGCCGCCGAGCCUCAGCUUGUAGGGCAGGUAGGUGCGAGACACCCGUUCCCGUCCUCUCCUCCGAAGAGAGGGCUGGGAAAAUGUCGAGCGAGAAGCCGCUUUCGGCACCACCGGGCUCGGCUUGCUCGCUGGCGGCCGCCGACUGCUCCUCACCAUCACCACCACCACUACCCGGACCGCCGCCGCUGCCUCUUCCGGGGGACAGGAUGCCGUCGUCAGCCGCCGGCUCCGUGGUGCUGCCGGCCGGCGUCAUCAACCCCGCCGUCCCCAUCAGGAAUAUCCAGAUGAAAUUCGCCGUGCUGGUGGGCCUCAUCCAGGUCGGCGAGGUGAGCAACCGGGACAUCGUGGAGACUGUUCUCAACCUGUUGGUGGGCGGCGAGUUUGACCUGGAGAUGAACUUUAUCAUCCAGGAGGCGGAAAGCAUCGGCUGCAUGGUGGAGCUGCUGUCGCACUGUGAGGUGACGUGCCAGGCGGAGAUCUGGAGCAUGUUCACUGCCAUCUUGCGCAAGAGUGUACGCAACCUUCAAACCAGUACGGAGGUGGGCCUCAUCCAGCAGGUUCUGCUCAAGAUGAGCACGGUGGACGAUAUGAUUGCAGACCUGCUGGUGGACAUGUUGGGUGUAAUGGCCAGUUACAGUAUCACAGUCAAAGAGCUCAAGCUGCUCUUCAGCAUGCUGAGGGGCGACAACGGUAUCUGGCCCAGACACGCCAUCAAGUUGUUGUCGGUGUUGAAUCAGAUGCCUCAGCGUCACGGCCCCGACACCUUCUUCAAUUUUCCCGGACGCAGUGCGGCGGCCAUCGCUUUGCCGCCCAUCGCCAAGUGGCCGUACCAGAACGGCUUCACCAUCAACACGUGGUUCCGCCAAGAUCCGCUCAACAACAUCAACGUCGACAAAGACAAGCCGUACCUUUACUGCUUCCGCACCAGUAAAGGGAUCGGCUACUCUGCUCACUUUGUGGGCAACUGUCUGAUCGUGACCUCCCUCAAGUCCAAAGGAAAAGGCUUCCAACACUGCGUCAAAUAUGACUUCCAGCCGCGGAAGUGGUACAUGAUCAGCAUCGUGCACAUCUACAACCGCUGGAGGAACUCCGAGAUCCGCUGCUACGUCAACGGUCAGCUGGUCUCUUACGGCGAUAUGGCCUGGCACGUCAACACCAACGACAGCUACGACAAAUGCUUCCUGGGCUCCUCGGAGACGGCCGACGCCAACCGAGUGUUCUGCGGUCAGCUCGGUGCCAUCUACGUCUUCAGCGAGGCGCUCAACCCCGCUCAAAUCUUUGCCAUACACCAACUUGGACCUGGAUAUAAGAGCACGUUCAAGUUCAAGUCCGAGAGCGACAUCCACCUGGCCGAGCACCACAAGCAGGUUCUGUACGACGGCAAGCUGGCCAGCUCCAUCUCCUUCACGUACAACGCCAAGGCCACCGACGCGCAGCUCUGCCUGGAGUCCUCACCGCGAGAGAACGCCUCCAUCUUUGUGCACUCGCCGCACGCCCUCAUGCUGCAGGACGUGAAGGCCAUCGUGACGCACUCCAUCCACAGCGCCAUCCACUCCAUCGGCGGCAUCCAGGUCCUCUUCCCGCUCUUUGCCCAGCUGGACUAUAAGCAGCUCAACGACGCCGCUGUGGACACCACCGUGUGUGCCACGCUGCUCGCCUUUUUGGUGGAGCUGCUCAAGAGCUCGGUUGCCAUGCAGGAGCAGAUGCUGGGAGGCAAGGGCUUCCUGGUCAUCGGAUACCUGCUGGAGAAGUCGUUGAGGGUCCACAUUACUCGGGCAGUUCUGGAGCAGUUCUUGUCCUUCGCCAAGUACCUGGACGGUUUGCCCCACGGGGCGCCGCUCCUCAAGCAGCUGUGCGACCACGUGUUGUUCAACGCCGCCAUCUGGAUACACACGCCUGCCAAGGUUCAGCUGUCUCUGUACACCUACCUGUCGUCUGAGUUCAUUGGCACGGCGACCAUCUACACGACCAUCCGGCGUGUGGGCACCGUUCUGCAGCUCAUGCACACGCUCAAGUACUACUAUUGGGCCGUCAACCCGCUAGACUGCAGCGCCAUCACACCCAAAGGCCUCGAUGGACCUCGGCCUUCCCAAAAGGAGAUCAUCUCUCUACGGGCCUUCAUGCUCCUCUUCCUCAAGCAGCUCAUAUUAAAAGACCGGGGUGUCAAGGAGGACGAACUGCAGAGUAUUCUCAAUUACCUGUUGACCAUGCACGAGGACGAGAACAUCCACGACGUGCUGCAGCUGCUGGUGGCGCUUAUGUCUGAGCACCCGGCCUCCAUGAUUCCCGCCUUUGACCAGAGGAACGGCAUAAGGGUGAUCUGCAAGCUGUUGGCUUCCAAGAGCGAGAGUAUCCGAGUACAGGCCCUCAAAGUACUCGGAUACUUCCUCAAGCACCUCGGUCACAAGAGAAAGGUAGAGAUCAUGCACACUCACAGUCUUUUCACGCUGCUUGGCGAGCGUCUGAUGAUGCAUACCAACACCGUGUCCGUCACCACCUACAACACACUCUACGAGAUCCUGACGGAGCAGGUGUGCACGCAGGUCGUCCACAAGCCGCACCCUGAACCGGACUCCACCAUCAAGAUCCAGAAUCCCAUGAUCCUGAAGGUUGUCGCCACGCUGCUGAAGAAUUCCUCCUCCAGCGCCGAGUUGAUGGAAGUCAGAAGACUUUUCCUCUCUGACAUGAUCAAACUUUUCAGCAACAGCAGAGAAAACAGACGCUGUCUGCUGCAGUGCUCAGUGUGGCAGGACUGGAUGUUCUCGCUGGGCUACAUCAACCCGAAGAAUCCUGAGGAGCAGAAGAUCACCGAAAUGGUCUACAACAUCUUCAGGAUCCUGCUUUACCACGCCAUCAAAUACGAGUGGGGCGGCUGGAGAGUCUGGGUGGACACGCUCUCCAUAGCGCACUCAAAGGUGACGUACGAGGCCCACAAGGAGUACCUGGCCAAGAUGUACGAGGAGUACCAGCGUCAGGAGGAGGAGAACAUGAAGAAAGGCAAGAAAGGCUCCGUGUCCACCAUCUCGGGCCUCUCUGCCUCUCCGGCACCCGUCGUCAACGGCAACCUGGAAAUGGACGACACCUCACAGACGCCCGAGAGCGAGGCCGAGUAUAGUGAGGGCGGCGGCGGGGCUGGGGGUGAUUCAUCCCGCAACCUACUGGCCGACGGCGCCGUUAAGCGGGUCGACGCCGAGCAGGGCGCCGGUGUGAGGGUGGAGGUCCACGACCUGCUGGUGGACAUCAAAGCCGAGAAGGUGGAGGCCACUGAGGUGAAGCUGGACGACUUGGACUUGAGUCCUGAAGCCCUUGGUGGGGGUGUCGGAGGAGGCGGCAGUGGGUCCAUGGAGAAUGGACCUCUGGUGGAGGUGGACUCACUCUUGGACAGUACCUACUGCACUGUGGUGCAGAACCUCAAUGGCACCCUGGUGCCCAAAGAUGACGGUGCCACCGUGCCGGCGGGGGUCCGCGUGCCGCCCAGUUUGGGCCUCUCAGGUGUCACCAUGGAUGACGACGGCAUCAUGGGCCCCCUCAUCACGCUGGCCGACGAGAAAGACAGUGUACCCAACAACAACGGAUUCCUCUUCAGCAAGGUUGACGAAAAGCUCCUUCCCGCUUUGGCGGCCACUGAUGCCCUGGUCCUUCCCGGUCCGGAUCAGUCCGCUACGCCCGGCGCAACCAGCGCCAGCGAUGACCUCAGCCUGCUGGCCCACAUGACCAGCUGCAGCUCAGCCGGCGAUCUCCCAGAGGACGGGCCCUUCAAGAUUCAGAGCCCGCUGGCCGACAUCAGCUCCAUCGCCGAGGCCCGAAACCAGACGCCGUCUCGGCCCGACUUCCAUGAAGGAGACGGGGUGGACAGGGCGACCGGCACCGACGGCGAGGCGGCGGCUCUCAAGGCAGGUGGCGGAGGAGGGGAUGUGGCCAGCGUCACAUCUGAUACAGAGAGGUCUGAUGAUGGCAAAGACAAAAAGAUAUCAACCACUGCAACUACACAGGCUCUGCACGGCCGCAGCGCCUCUCAGCUGGAGCGAGACCUCCGUGUGGAUCUGGGCUUCAGGGGGAUGCCCAUGACGGAGGAGCAAAGGCGCCAGUUCAGCCCUGGGCCGCGCACCACCAUGUUCCGCAUUCCAGAGUUCAAGUGGUCACCCAUGCACCAGAGACUGCUCACUGACCUGCUCUUUGCACUGGAGACCGACGUGCACGUGUGGAGAAGCCACUCCACCAAGUCAGUGAUGGACUUUGUCAACAGCAAUGAGAAUAUCAUCUUUGUGCACAACACCAUCCACCUCAUCUCCCAGAUGGUGGACAACAUUAUCAUCGCCUGCGGGGGCAUCCUGCCGCUCUUGUCUGCCGCCACCUCGCCCUCCACUUCUAAGAGUAGUGCCAGCAGUUGGAGGACGGGAGCGGCCACGAAGGGCGAGGAGGUGACGCCCGUCCCGGGGGGAGGCGGCGAGGGGGGUGAGACUGAGCUGGAGAACAUCGAGGCGACGCAGGGCAUGUCGUCGGAGACGGCCGUCACCUUCCUGUCGCGGCUGAUGGCCAUGGUGGACGUGCUGGUGUUCGCCAGCUCGCUCAACUUCAGCGAGAUCGAGGCCGAGAAGAACAUGUCCUCCGGCGGCCUCAUGAGGCAGUGCCUGAGACUGGUGUGCUGUGUGGCGGUGAGGAACUGUCUGGAGUGCCGGCAGCGGCAGCGGGACCGCAACUGCAAGUCGUCUUUAACCAGCAGCAAGUCGCAGGACACCCUGCACGCCAGCGCAGCCGCCAGCAAGGACCCGGACCGACUCCUGCAGGACGUGGACAUCAACCGGCUACGUGCUGUGGUUUUCAGAGACGUGGAUGACAGCAAGCAAGCUCAGUUCCUGGCUCUGGCCGUGGUCUACUUCAUCUCGGUGCUGAUGGUGUCUAAGUACCGAGACAUCCUGGAGCCUCAGCGGGAGAUCAGCAGGUCCACCAGCCUGUCCGGACGUAGCAUCCGACACGAGAUUAACUCGCCCACCAGCACAGAGCACCCGUCUUCAGCCUUCUCUGACCGCGACAAGCAGACGCCCACCCCCGUGGACGACUCCCCCCGCGCUUGCUUGCCCCACACGGACUCGGGUAUCGGCGAGGAGGGCCACGUGAGCGGCUCCCUCAACGGCUCCGAGAUGGGCCUGGGGCUCGGCCUGGGCCUGGUGGGGCGGGAAACGGACAGGGACAGGGAUCGGGACGUGGGCGGCGGCCAGGCCGAUCUGCUGUGUAGUCUCUCCGACGUCAGGAGGUCACAGGAGAGCCUUCUGGACUCCCCCCACAACCCCAACGCUGGACAGGCGCCCCCUUCAUCUAUUUCCAGCAUCAGCCAGACCAAUAAAGGCAUCAACGUUAAGGAGAUCUUAAAGAGCCUGGUGGCCGCUCCGUUGGACGGCGGCGAGUCGGGCCAAGAGUCCGGCCCGACGCCGUACCACCCCGAUCCCGCCCUGAAAACCCACCCCAUGCUGCCCAUGCAGUUCCACUCCUUUGACAGGAGUGUUGUGGUUCCUGUGAAAAAGCCGCCGCCCGGCAGCCUGUCUGUCAACACGGUGGGCACGCCCACCACCGCGGGCGCCGCCACGGCAGGCAGCACACCGAACAUCUUCGCCGCUGCCACGGCCACGCCCAAGAGCAUGAUCAACACUACAGGCGCAACAGACUCCGCGUCGUCCUCAUCAUCUUCGUCGUCAUCAUUUGUGAACGGCGCCACUAGCAAGAAUCUGCCGGCCGUCCAGACGGUGGCGCCCAUGCCUGAAGACACCGUAGAGAACAUGAGUGCCUAUUGUGAGGUGGCGCAGUGUGCGUUGCGCAGCGGUCAGACACCCCCUGAGCUCAAGUCUUUUAGCUCUCUGGCAGGCUUCCAGGCAGCCCCCCGAGAUGCAGGACAGUGUUUUAGCAUCACCACCAAGCUGGAGCGAGCUCUGGAGAAGGUGGCGCCGCUGCUGAGGGAAAUCUUUGUGGACUUUGCGCCCUUCCUGUCCCGCACGCUGCUGGGUAGUCAUGGGCAGGAGUUGCUCAUUGAAGGUCUGGUGUGUAUGAAGUCCAGCACGUCGGUGGUGGAGCUCGUCAUGCUGCUCUGCUCUCAGGAAUGGCAGAAUUCCAUCCAGAAGAAUGCAGGACUGGCUUUCAUUGAGCUCAUCAAUGAAGGAAGACUGCUGUGUCACGCCAUGAAGGAUCACAUCGUGCGCGUAGCCAACGAAGCAGAGUUCAUCUUGAACCGCCAGCGAGCCGAAGAUGUGCACAAGCAUGCCGAGUUUGAGUCGAACUGCGCCCAGUACGCGGGCGACCGUCGCGAGGAGGAGAAGAUGUGCGACCACCUGAUCAGCGCUGCCAAGCACCGAGACCACGUGACGGCCAACCAGCUCAAGCAGAAGAUCCUCAACAUUCUGACCAAUAAGCACGGAGCCUGGGGCACCAUGUCGCAGAGCCAAUUGCACGACUUCUGGCGUCUGGACUACUGGGAGGACGACCUGCGCAGGAGGAGGAGAUUCGUGAGAAAUGCCUUCGGGUCCACGCACGCCGACGUGGCGCUCAAAUGUCUCGAUGACUACGGCACGGAGGAAGAAGAGGAGGGCGUCAAGUCAAAGAAGACCUUCCGUAGCCACUCGGUGGUGGCGCAGAACCCGGAGGCCGAGUUGAUGCUGGAGGGCGACGACGACGCCGUCAGCCUGCUGCAGGAAAAAGAGAUCGACAACCUCGCAGGCCCUGUGGUGCUGAGCACGCCGGCGCAGCUAGUAGCGCCGGUGGUGGUGGCCCGCGGCACGCUCUCCAUCACCACCACCGAGAUCUACUUUGAGGUGGACGAGGAUGACCCUGCCUUCAAGAAGUCUGACGCUAAGGUGCUGGCCUACUCGGAGGGUCUGCACGGCAAGUGGAUGUUCAGCGAGAUCCGAGCUGUGUUCUCCAGACGCUACCUGCUGCACAACACGGGUCUGGAGGUUUUCAUGGCCAACAGAACCUCGGUGAUGUUCAACUUCCCCGACCAGGCCACGGUCAAGCGGGUGGUCUACAGUCUCCCGCGGGUGGGCGUCGGAACCAGCUAUGGUCUGCCUCAGGCCAGACGGAUCUCGCUGGCCACGCCGCGUCAGCUCUUCAAGUCUUCCAACAUGACGCAGCGUUGGCAGCGCAGGGAGAUCUCCAAUUUUGAGUACUUGAUGUUCCUCAACACCAUCGCAGGGAGGACGUACAACGACCUGAACCAGUACCCCGUCUUCCCCUGGGUGCUGACCAACUACGACUCGGAGGAGCUGGAUCUCACGUUGCCUGGCAACUUCCGAGACCUUUCCAAGCCCAUCGGUGCUUUGAACCCUAAGCGAGCUGCGUUCUACGCCGAGCGCUACGAGACGUGGGACGACGACAGCGCGCCGCCCGACCACUACGCCACCCUCUACUCCACGGCGCACUCCACCCUCAUGUGGAUGCUCAGAAUAGAGCCCUUCACCACCUUCUUCCUCAACGCCAACGACGGCAAGUUCGACCACGCAGACCGAUCUUUUUCGGGCAUCGGUCGCUCGUGGAGGAACUGCCAGCGGGACACGGCGGAUGUGACUGAGCUGAUCCCGGAGUUUUACUACCUGCCGGAGAUGUUCGUCAACAGCAACGAGUACGAGCUGGGCGUGCGCGACGACGGGUUGCCGGUCUGCGACGUGGAGUUGCCCGUCUGGGCCAAAAAGCCCGAAGACUUUGUGCGCAUCAACCGCAUGGCGCUGGAAAGCGAGUUCGUGUCGUGCCAGCUGCACCAGUGGAUCGACCUGAUCUUCGGAUACAAGCAGCGGGGCCCCGAGGCUGUGCGGGCGCUCAACGUCUUCAACUUCCUGUCCUACGAGGGCGGCAUCAACCUGGACAACCUGGACGCGGCGCAGCGGGAGGUCGGCGGAUGGGUCACCGUAACCCGUCGAGGUUCGGACGAGCCGGCGACUGACACUUUUAUGAUGCUUGUGUCCGUGCAGGUGAUGGAGGCGCAGAUUGAGGCGUGCGGGCAGAUACCAUCGCAGCUGCUCAUCGAGCCGCACCCGCCCCGAUCCUCCGCCAUGCAUCUGUGUUUCCUUCCUCAGAGUCCUCUGAUGUUUAAGGAUCAGAUGCAGCAGGACGUGAUCAUGGUGCUCAAGUUCCCGUCCAACUCUCCCGUCACGCACGUGGCCGCCAACACGCUGCCUCACCUUAGCAUCCCCGCCGCCGUCACCGUCACAUGCAGCCGCCUCUUCGCCGUCAACCGCUGGCACAACACCGUCGGUUUGCGAGGUGCACCGGGAUAUUCCCUGGAGCAGGCUCACCACCUUCCCAUCGAGAUGGACCCUCUCAUAGCCAACAACUCUGGUACCAACAAGCGUCAGAUCACUGACCUGGUGGACCAGAGCAUCCAGAUCAACACGCACUGUUUCGUGGUGACGGCCGACAACCGCUACAUCCUGGUGUGCGGCUUCUGGGACAAGAGCUUCCGGGUCUACUCCACUGAAACCGGGAAGCUGACCCAGAUCGUUUUUGGCCACUGGGAUGUGGUGACUUGUCUGGCCCGGUCUGAGUCCUACAUCGGGGGAGACUGCUACAUCGUGUCGGGCUCCAGAGACGCCACUCUUCUUCUGUGGUACUGGAGCGGGCGGCAUCACAUCAUUGGGGACAACCCCAACAACAGUGACUAUCCCGCCCCCCGAGCCGUCCUGACGGGACACGACCACGAGGUGGUGUGCGUGUCCGUCUGUGCUGAGCUGGGAUUAGUCAUUAGCGGGGCCAAAGAGGGUCCGUGCCUGGUGCACACCAUCACGGGCGACCUCCUGAGGGCCCUGGAGGGUCCCGAUCUGUGCCAGCAGCCUCGUCUGAUCUCGGUGUCCAGCGAGGGCCACUGCAUCAUCUACUAUGAGCGAGGACGCUUCUGUAACUUCAGCAUCAACGGCAAGCUGCUGGCUGAGAUGGAAGUCAACGAUUCCACGCGGGCCAUCCUGCUGAGCAGCGACGGGCAGAACCUGGUGACGGGCGGCGACAACGGCGUGGUGGAGGUGUGGCAGGCCUGCGACUUCAAGCAGCUCUACAUCUACCCGGGAUGCGACGCCGGCAUCCGCGCCAUGGACCUGUCGCACGACCAGAGGACGCUAAUUACCGGUAUGGCGUCCGGCAGCAUCGUGGCGUUCAACAUCGACUUCAACCGCUGGCACUACGAGCAUCAGAACCGCUACUGAGGCCGCGAGAAAACAACUUUCCAGGUACACAAGAGGACGACUUGAGGUUCUCUUUCCUUUGACGGGACUGUGUGUACUCUCACACACAAACACACACGCAUAUAAACACAUACACACACACACACAGACACACACACGCACCCGGCCCAAAGACGACACUCAACAGAGUGCGGAUUGGUCGCCAGUGUUGGCGGGUCACGUUUUGGGUUUUGGGUUUUCGGGGUUCCGCUUUAACGCUUCAGUGAGCCGGACACUCUUUGCGGAGAUGAUCUGCGAGGGCUCAUUUCAGUUCCUUUUACGUAGGGAUUUUUAUUCUUUUACUUUGGUGUAAAUACGCCUCGGCCUCUCUUUUUUUUUUGUGGGUUUCUGACCUUUAAUUUAUUGCUGUAUGUAACAUAGUGUGUAAUAACAAUAACGGCAACCAUGACGAUGAUGGUAAGAAGGUCGAGGAUGGUGAUCAUUUUUUUUGCCGGAGAUGUUACCGUCCAGAUUGAAGAACCCCCAACCACCCCACCACCCCCGCCCAUAAAACCAACUUCCCACACGUUUAUGAUUAUUUCUUUUUUUUUUUUUUUUUUUUUUUUCCUUACAUUUGGUGAUCAUAAUGUCAAAUAUGUACAUAAAAUGUCUCACUUUUUCCGCCCGUUUGGACACGAAAAGCAGCCCACGUGCUCAUAUUAUAUAAAAAGAAACCAAGUUUUUUUGUUUUGUUUUGUUUUUGUCUUUGCACUUUGCACCAAUCACACGCCAUUAUUUAUGAUUAGGCUUUGUUUCUUAUUGGGGGGCUUCAAUUGUUAUGAUUGCGAUUAUUAUUAUGAUGGGCCAGGUUCUUUUGGUUCCUUCUCGUCCGGGGCCGGGAUGAAUUCUUUGUGCAUCGAUGUUUGUAUUUAAACGCUCACGUGUGAAGAUUUUACAGCAAUAUGAUGACGAGCGUGCACACGCACGUAACUCUAGCCACACACACACACACACACACACACACACACAUCCAAAAACCAACAAAUGAAGAAGAAAAAAAAGGUGAAAUAUUUUUGGAUCUAUGAAACCCUUAAAAACUAUUGUAUUCAUGUUUUAUUUCAAAGAUGUAAAAUAUGACAUGUGAGUUGGACAAAAAAAUCAUGAUAAGAAAAAUAAAUUAUGCAAAGAA